GGCCCAGGGCGGCGCGCGCCGGGUACCGAGUGAAACGCCAGCCUCCGAGCGGCAAAUUCACUGUGCGAGGCUAGCGCGGCGUGUCACGUGGCGGGUGCCCGGCGGUGCGCGGGUCGACCGACCUCCGACUCUGGUCGCGCCGGCAGCAACGUGGUGCCGAGGUGUCUCUAGGCUGGUGCACGGAACCCGUUUCGUUUUUCUGCUUUUAGGCAACUUUUGAACCAGUGCAAUGGCGGCUCCAGUCAACGGGUCUCACAAGGAUGCUGACCUGUGGUCCUCACAUGAUAAAAUGCUGGCGCAGCCCCUGAAGGACAACGACAUUGAGGUUUACAACAUCAUUAAGAAGGAGAGUAACCGGCAGAGGGUUGGAUUGGAGCUGAUCGCCUCCGAGAAUUUCGCCAGCCGAGCAGUUUUGGAGGCCCUAGGUUCUUGCUUAAAUAACAAGUACUCUGAGGGGUACCCAGGCCAGAGGUAUUAUGGUGGGACUGAGUUUAUCGAUGAGCUGGAGAUCCUCUGUCAGAAACGAGCACUGCAUGCCUAUGGUCUGGACCCUCAGUGCUGGGGGGUCAAUGUCCAGCCCUAUUCAGGCUCCCCUGCCAACUUCGCAGUGUACACUGCUCUGGUGGAACCCCACGGACGCAUCAUGGGUCUGGACCUGCCUGAUGGAGGCCACCUGACCCAUGGGUUCAUGACAGACAAGAAGAAAAUCUCUGCUACAUCCAUCUUUUUUGAAUCUAUGCCCUAUAAGGUGAACCCGGACACUGGCUACAUCAACUACGACCAACUGGAGGAAAAUGCCCGCCUCUUCCACCCGAAGCUGAUUAUCGCAGGAACCAGCUGCUACUCCCGAAACCUGGACUACGCGCGCCUGCGGAAGAUUGCUGAUGACAACGGGGCGUACCUCAUGGCUGACAUGGCGCACAUUAGCGGGCUGGUGGUGGCUGGCGUGGUGCCCUCCCCUUUUGAACACUGCCAUGUGGUGUCCACCACCACCCACAAAACCCUGAGAGGCUGCCGGGCCGGCAUGAUCUUCUACAGGAGAGGAGUACGCAGUGUGGAUCCCAAAACUGGCAAAGAGAUUCUGUACAACCUGGAGUCGCUCAUCAACUCUGCCGUGUUCCCAGGCCUGCAGGGAGGUCCCCACAAUCACGCCAUUGCUGGGGUUGCUGUGGCCCUGAAGCAAGCCAUGACUCCAGAAUUCAGAGUUUAUCAGCGCCAGGUGGUGGCCAACUGCAGGGCUCUGGCUGAGACCUUGGUGGAGCUGGGCUACACAAUAGUAACAGGUGGUUCUGACAACCAUUUGAUCCUCGUGGAUCUCCGUUCCAAAGGCACAGAUGGUGGCAGGGCUGAGAAGGUGCUAGAAGCCUGUUCUAUUGCCUGCAACAAGAACACCUGCCCAGGUGACAAAAGCGCACUGCGACCCAGCGGGCUGCGACUGGGGACCCCAGCACUGACAUCCCGAGGACUUCAGGAAAGAGAGUUCCAAAAAGUUGCCUACUUUAUUCACAGAGGGAUAGAACUGACUCUGCAGAUUCAGAACGACGUCGGUGCCAGGGCCACCCUGAAGGAGUUCAAGGAAAAGCUGGCAGGGGACGAGAAGCACCAGAGUGCCAUCAGGGCUCUCAGGGAGGAGGUGGAGAGCUUCGCGUCGCUCUUCCCUCUGCCUGGCCUGCCCGACUUCUAGUCACCAGGCCACAGCACCGCAGUGCCGGAACACUGGGACUGCCAGGGCCGCCGGCCCAGGGAUCCCGUUCCCUCCUGAGGAUAGGGAGGAGCACUGCCAUACAGGACCUGUUCACCCAUGUGCUGAGGGGCGUUCUUUUGGGACCUUUCUCACGUUAUCUUCUUCACAAAUUGAAAUCUGUUUAAGGUCCAUUGUUAGUAAUUCUGGGACAAGUUAUUAAAGAGUUUAAAUUUGAACCUCACUCUCUUACAGCUAUAUAGUUAUUCUGGAAAAAGGAAACACCUAUUUAUCCUUAAUUCAUUUAGAUAGGGGGAUAGGGCAGAGCUAUUAGAAAGAUUCCAGUAAUUUUACCCUUCUCAGAGUUACUGGGCUUUCCCCCAACUCAAUGCAACAGGUAAGAAGCACCCACGUUCGUAGUUUGUAAAAGCUGCCCAUUCGUAAUAUUUUGUUACCCUGUGGGACGCCAAAGGAGACCUGAAUUAUGACGUUCCAGCUGAAGAGGGAAAUUGUCCUGAAGUUUCUGCUGUGUGCUUUCAAUCAGAGUUCUAAGUUAGACAGACCUAUGCAAGGGUUCUCUUAGCGGCUGUGGAAAUGGUCUCCUUCACUCUCCACCCUGGGCACGUGGGAGAGCCCGGGGCACCUCAUCCUCGCCUGCUGUCAGCAGCAGCCAGGAGGAGCCCUUCUGCCCUGAGUGAGAACCAACUCCCUCCUGUAAUCAGGAAACCAAAUGUCACCUUC